AUGUUGCACCCUUUGUGCGGCGACGUAUCAGAGUCCAAUCGAAACCUCCUCGAGCCUCAAGCCGAGUUUUGGCCGCUCCUGUCCCACGUUCUCAUCAACUUCUACAUGUGGCACUCCUGGUGCUACAUUGAGGAUCUCCCGAAGACCUGUGCCGAGUGCUGCGUGCCCAUGGCCACCGUCACGGAGAUGGGCAUCCGUGAGGAGCGGAUCAUUCUGAACAGCUGGAUGGUCUACUUCCAAGAGAGGGCCAACGCCUGCUUUGGCUGCGGCCUGGUGAUCGCAGGUAGCUGGGGCGCCUUCUACUUCCACCUCGUGAGGGAUCGGGUGGAAGGGGACUGGUUCUCCGACUGGGUGGUGAGAAACCCCAUCUUCUUGUGGAUUCGAACCACGAUGGAGGUGUCCGUAUUGGGCUGGUUCUCCUCCGUGGCCUUCGGCUCGGUCCCGGAAUGGGUCGCCACGGCGCGGAUCAUGUUCACUCUCCAGUUUCACCACGUGGUGGCCGGCAUGGUCGGCCGCAGCGGAGACGCAGAGGCAGGAGAUGGAAGCCUGUGA